AAGCAAAAUGAAUCUAUCGAGUAAAAAUGAGCUUAUUGACAAUCUUUAUAAAAUCGGUGCCAUUAAGAUUGAGGAGGUGGUCCUGAGAUCGGGUGAUCGUUCACCGAUUUACAUUGAUUUACGCAAGGUGAAUAGUUAUCUUGCUCUUCGUCGAUCAAUGUGUUUGUCCAUGUGGUCAAUGAUUUGUGAUAUUCAAUUUGAUCACAUUUGCGGUGUUCCAUUAACAGGAAUUCCAUUCGCGACAAUGAUAUCGGACAAUCAUGACGUUCGAAUGUUACUGAGUCGACGAGAAACAAAAACAUACGGAACCAAAUCAAACCAAAUCGGUGGGGAAUUCAAAUCAGGUGAAAUAGUGAUGGUUUGUGAGGAUAUAAUCACCAGUGGAUCGAGUAUCAUGGAAACAAUUGAAUCUCUCAAAUCAGUUGGUCUGGUGGUUGAAUUUGUUUGUGUUUUUGUUGAUCGAGAACAAAAAGGCGUCGAGAACCUGUCGAAAAAAGGAAUCAAAGUGAGGUCACUCAUGAAAAUUUCCGACAUUUUAAAUCGCCUCGUGGAAAAAGAGAUCAUGAAGGAAGAUGAAAGAAUCAAAAUAACCGAUUGGCUUGAAGAAAAUCCUUGUGAAUUAUCAAUUGAAUAGAUUGAUGAUCAACUUGGUUAAUUGUUACACAUCAAUAAUCAUAUCGUGUGUAUAAAAAACUAUGAAGCAAUAAAUGGAAACAUCAAUUUAAAAAUCACCAACAA